UCUGUCUGAGCUGAGAUAUUUGAACUGUGAAGACACCUCCUGUUGAGCCCAGUUUUCCAGAAGCUCUGAGACAGCACGACACCAGCAGACUGACUUUAAUCAGAGCUUCCUCAGGGAAUACCUUAGGGACCAGUUCAGAGAUCAGGGGCCGGUUCAGAGACCACGGGCUGGUCCAUAAACCAGGAUCUCCUCUGUAGUGGCAUCAGAAGGAAGCCUCCAUAAUGGGCACUGUGGACGAGCUGGUGGAUCUGAUGUUCAGAUGGCUGGAGAAGAGGGAGCGCUGUGCGAAGCAACUGAGGGAACUGGCCCGGGAGCUGGAGGUUCUCAGAGAGAAGUGCAACGCCAGUGAGUGUGUUGGAAACUCAGUGUCGGUGGUGGGAGGUGCAUGCCUGGUUGGAGCCGGCGUGGCCACAUUGUGCACCGGCGGCUUAGCGGCUCCGUUUCUAGGUUUCUUAGGAGCAGCCUAUACAGGUGUAGGUUUAACCAUAUCUCUGGUUACUAAACUUACUGAGCACCUCUUAUCCAGCAAGAGGACUAAGAAGGCGCAGCUCCUAGAAAGCGAAAGCAACAGGAUUGCAGAAAGAAUCAAGCAUCUGUUCGAGCAGCUGAGGGCGGAGUGUAGGAAGGAGAGCUUCAAUGCAGACGAAGAUGAGCUGGAACAACGAGUCAUAGCUAAGAUCCUGGCAGCCAUCGCCAGAAGAAGUGGUCAGAAGUGGACAGUCUGUGACAGCAUCGAUUUGUAUUCUGGGUCACAGAUUUCUGUGAAUGCACUACUAUUAAAGCUAGUCUUGCCUACAGUUGUGGUUGCUGGACUUGCUGGUAUUUUAGUAUUCUUCGCAUUUCGAGCAAGUGGAAAGAAAGUAAAACUGCUGUUCGCUGAAGCAGGCCAACCACUGAUCCAAAAAGGGGCUACAACUGGACUCAAAACUGCCCUCAAAGGAGGGGGCAUGGUUGUUGGAGGAGCUGUUGGACUUGCGUUUUCACUUCCUGAAGCGAUAGACAGCUGGAAGGAAAUGAUCGAGAAGAAUCACGUGACUGAGGCGAGCCAAUCCAUGAGAGAUAUUGCUGACGCCAUGGACAAGAUGUGCCAGACGCUGAGGAAUCAGUUCGACGAAAUGAAGGCGAUGAUUCCUAAAAUGCAACGAGAAUACGAGAGGCUCCAGAAAGAAAGGCUCCAGAGAGAAAGGCUGUUUGGAACAGACUGGUUCCCAAGAGGACAACAAGAACACGGAAACCCAAAGAUGGCGGGCAUGGCGUUGUGUUUUCUGUUUUUUUUUCUGUUUCUGUUUAAAGGUCCCAUUUUCUGUAAAACAGACAAAGAUAUGAGUUUGAGUUCACCUGAGGGAAGCAUCCAAUGGCCGGAGACUGAAUCCCACAUGGGUUUAAGACAUGAGGUAGAAAGACAAGGCGAUCAAACAAAGCAGACAGGAAAUGAGUUAGAGAAAGGGAGUAAGCAGACAGGAAGUGAGUUAGAGAAAGGGAGUAAGCAGACAGGAAAUGAGUUAGAGAAAGGGAGUAAGCAGACAGGAAGUGAGUUAGAGAAAGGGAGUAAGCAGACAGGAAAUGAGUUAGAGAAAGGGAGUAAGCAGACAGGAAGUGAGAUAGACAAAGGGAGUAAGCAGACAGGAAGUGAGAUAGAGAAAGGGAGUAAGCAGACAGGAAGUGAGAUAGAGAAAGGGAGUAAGCAGACAGGAAGUGAGAUAGAGAGCAUCCAAAGAGCUCCCCCAUUCAUUAGGGCAGCGUUGUUAAAUGUUCAUUCGAUGAACAAAAACACAUCCAACAUCCUAGAGCUCAUCACAUCAAACCAGCUGGACGUCCUUUUCACAACCGAGACGUGGUUAAAAUUGGACACGGCAGACGACGUCCUCAGGAAAGCUUCGCCACAAAAUUUCCGUUUCUUCAGUCAUGUGAGUGAAGUGAUCGGACAUAGAGGGGCAGCUAUCCAGUUCUCAACAGAGUUGCAUGGCAUACAGAUUCGGUUUGACAACAUGGAGACCUUUGAAUGCGUGGUGACAGUUCUGCAACACAACGAGUGGGAAGAACCGGUCGUGAGCAUCAACCUCUAUCGCCCGCCAAAGAAAACCUUGACCCGCAUCCGCAAAUUCCUGGAAGAGUUUCAAGAACUCUUGAAGGAGGUUUCCAAAAACUACAACAACAUCAUUGUGACCGGCGAUUUCAAUAUCUGGGUUGAUUGUGAUUGGAGGACGGAUGCUGACGAGUUGGAUUGGUUUCUACGGGUCAACCGAUUAGAUCUGUACCCAAGGGAGCCGACCUACCGCUCCGGUCACUUUCUGGAUCUGGUCCUCACCAGAAAUGUUGAGAUCUCUGACGUUAAAGUCCGGGACGACAAAAUAUCAGAUCAUUACACCGUGUAUUUCAACUGGAGGCCAGAGCCGAAAAGUAAAAGGAAACAGCCAGAGGAGGAAGGGAAACGAUUGAAAAAGGGUUAAAACCAAACUUUGAAUAAGUGUUCAACAGGACUCGCUUAAAGGCACAAGUCUGAUUCUGAGAAUUUAAUUCAGUUAUAAUUUCCCCUGAUGAAACAGCGUGGUUCUACCCUUCAGAUGGAACUGCUCUUAGAAAGGUUUGACGAGAAAACAAUGCGUAGGAACUUUGUUCACCUCGUGUUUCCACUCUGACUCGUGCUUCCACUCUGACUCGUGCUUCCACUCUGACUCGUGCUUCCACUCUGACUGAAAGGGAACAAUGGAAGGGAACAAUGGGAGGGACAGAUGGAAGGGAACAAUGGAAGGGACAGAUGGAAGGGACAGAUGGAAGGGAACAAUGGAAGGGACAGAUGGAAGGGAACAAUGGAAGGGAACAAUGGAAGGGACAGAUGGAAGGGAACAAUGGAAGGGAACAAUGGAAGGGAACAAUGGAAGGGACAGAUGGAAGGGACAGAUGGAAGGGAACAAUGGAAGGGAACAAUGGAAGGGACAGAUGGAAGGGACAGAUGGAAGGGAACAAUGGAAGGGAACAAUGGAAGGGACAGAUGGAAGGGAACAAUGGAAGGGAACAAUGGAAGGGACAGAUGGAAGGGAACAAUGGAAGGGACAGAUGGAAGGGAACAAUGGAAGGGACAGAUGGAAGGGAACAAUGGAAGGGAACAAUGGAAGGGACAGAUGGAAGGGAACAAUGGAAGGGACAGAUGGAAGGGAACAAUGGAAGGGACAGAUGGAAGGGAACAAUGGAAGGGAACAAUGGAAGGGACAGAUGGAAGGGAACAAUGGAAGGGACAGAUGGAAGGGAACAAUGGAAGGGACAGAUGGAAGGGAACAAUGGAAGGGAACAAUGGAAGGGACAGAUGGAAGGGAACAAUGGAAGGGACAGAUGGAAGGGAACAAUGGAAGGGACAGAUGGAAGGGAACAAUGGAAGGGACAGAUGGAAGGGAACAAUGGAAGGGACAGAUGGAAGGGACAGAUGGAAGGGACAGAUGGAAGGGACAGAUGGAAGGGAACAAUUGUUUUUUGUUUGUUUUUUAGGUUGAACAAAAAGCUGUAUCGUCUCUUGAUCCUGAGUCAGAAAUGCUUUUACAUAAAUGACCAUGGUUCAAAUCCUAGUGCAAUGUUCUCCCCCGUUCCUCCCCCCCAUAUGACUCUCUAGAAGGCUCUCUCUAAUAAUAAUACCUUUAUACCUGCUGUAAUGAGGCACACUGAUUUAAUGGAGUUUCUACAAUGUUAAUAAAACACCAAAAACAUC